UCUUGCCCUCAGGUGCGGGUCUUGAGGUUACGGAACUGGUGGCCGGUCUCGGGAAGAGGAGGGUCUAGAAUCUCUAGAUUGUCUACUGUAGAGCAAGAUAAACCACAUAUUGCUGUCAUAUGAGUGCGUCAGUGCGAGCGAGAUUAUCAUACCCGAACAUUGUGUCUGUUCGGUCUUUGCCCAUUGUUAUAUAAGAAACCAAAGCCACACAAUUUCGUUCAAUCGGAGAAUCGGAGUCUCAUUCUUAACCCAGACAUGCUUUCUUUUCUGCAUCUAGAAUCGCUCGAUUUUAAGAGCAUAUUGCUCUUCCUCGUCGUUUUCCUGGUUAUUGCCGACUACUUCAAGACUCGAAAACCUCCAAACUAUCCACCUGGGCCAUUUGCGCUACCCUUCGUUGGAAACAUGUUUAGCUUCGACGCGAAGCAACCGCAUAUUUACCUGAUAAAGUUGGCUGAGACAUAUGGAGACCUUUUUUCUGUGAGUCUGGGUCGAGAGCAUGCAGUGGUUGCCAAUGGCUACAAGAUGGUGAAAGAGGCUCUUGUGGUCCAGGCUGACGUCUUUGUCGAUCGCCCCUUCAGUCCAAUGUCUGACAGACUCUACCCCCACAAUGCGGGACUUUUCAUGAGCAGUGGACCAAAGUGGAAGAGGCAUCGUCGGUUCACCAUGACCACCCUGAGAAACUUUGGUUUGGGGAAGACGCUGAUGGAGAAUGCCAUCUGUGAGGAGAUCAGGUACCUGCAGGAGGAAAUGGAGACACAGAAAGGUGACCCUUUUAACCCAAAGAUGCUUUUCAACAAUGCUGUGUCAAAUAUCAUUUGUCAGUUGGCAUUUUCCAGUCGGUCCGAUUAUUCUGACGAUACCUUCCGAAACGUUCUUCAGAAGUUGAAUGAAGCUUUGAACGUAGAGGGAUCAGUAUGGGGACUGUUGUACGAGGCGUUCCCUGGCAUCAUGAAGCACAUGCCUGGGCCACACAACACCAUUUUCAGCAACUAUCUGGAUGUCGCGGAUUUCAUAAGGAAGGAGGUGGAGAGACAUAAGGAGGAUUUUGACCCCAACAACCCCAGAGACUAUAUUGAUGCCUACAUCACAGAGAUGCAGAGUGGUUCCAGUGACACUGAAGAUUUCACGGAGACCAAUCUGGUUAUGAAUUCACUGGAUCUGUUCCUAGCUGGCACAGAAACUACGUCCACCACCCUGCUCUGGUCUCUGGUUCUCCUCAUCAAACAUCCAGAAGUGCAGAAAAAGGUGCAGUCUGAAAUCGACGCUGUGAUUGGUCAGUCACGACCACCCAGCAUGGCGGACAAGGCCAACAUGCCCUACACUGAAGCUGUGAUCCACGAGAUCCAGAGAAUCGGGGACAUUGUGCCAAUCAACGUGCCCCGGAUGGCGGGGAGGGACACGACACUUGGAGGAUACUUCAUACCCAAGGGCACAUCGCUUUGGACCAAUUUGUCAUCUGUGUUGUUUGAUAAGGCGGAAUGGGAAACGCCAGACGAAUUCAACCCUGAUCACUUUCUGGACUCUGAGGGAAAAUUCAGAAGACGCGAUGCCUUCCUGCCCUUCUCUGCAGGCAAGAGGGUCUGUCUGGGGGAGCAGCUGGCCAGGAUGGAGCUCUUCUUGUUCUUCGUGGGCCUUCUUCAGAAGUUCAGCUUCUCCACAGAGGAGGGAGUGGAGCUGAGUCUGGAGGGGGAUAUGGGAGCCACACGCACCCCUCUCCCGUUUAAAGUCUUCGCACAUACGCGCUAAGGGCACAAUACUUGGAAAAAGGGGCGGAGGUAUAGGGAGGGCGAGCAGGGCAUGGGGCCCAGGGCACUUUUGCAUUGAUGGUGGGGGGCUGACCUUUGCAGGCUGUAUAGGGGCCCCUAUAAGUGUUUUGCCCUGGGGCCCUGUGUGCAGUUGUUCCGCCACUGCUUGGAAACUAUAAUACGGUAUUUCAAGUUUGAAGUGUUCUAAACUCGCAAUUGUAACUGAUUUACCCAAAAUAAAAACGUAAUUUCUCACA